AUGUAUCCACAGACGUCAUUCAUACAUACAGAAUUUGUUUCAGGUGCUCACUACUAUCGAGUAUUGGAUGUACACGGAGAAGUUAUGAACUCGCCGAGAGUGUCUUCACCACCAACAUCGCCAUCUCACCUUCACGUUCGCAAGUUGAGCACGACUAAAGAAGACGAGGCGAAAACAAACACUCGAAAGCCCGGAAGAAAGCUUGUUGCUCUUUCCGGCGAGGAAGAUAUUAUGAGUGGAGGACCACCGCCGGUGCAGCCGCCAAAAAGCCGCUUCCGGAAUGGUCAUGCUUCAUUUCGACUUCGCAUGCUACAAGAACAACAUGGAACUGGAUUUGAACCUGUAAGUUCGGCAUGGAUAUCAAGCAAAAUGAAGGAAAAGAGCGAAAGGCACAAGUUGAAACCUCAAUCGGUGCCGACGUCUCCAGCUGCGACGGGACGUUCCGAGAAUCUCUCGCCGCUUGAUUCAGCUCUUCAAAGUAUAAAAAUGAAAAAGGUUUCAUCAAAAAGCUCGUCACCGCCAGCAACACCAAAGUCUUCCGAUCAUCAUCGAGAUUCAUUUAAGAGCUCUCUCAUUCGAAGAGCGAGUUCUGAGCGAAGACGUGCUACGACAUCUGCUGGAAGCGAUAUUGAAGAACAUUCAGAGAAUCCCGCUGUUCGCGUCGUGCGACAAUUCAAACACGCACAUGAAUCAUUCCGUCUUCGCAUGUUCCAAGAGCAGCACGGAUUUGAGCCGGUAGUCUUCAUGACGAAGAAAAGAACAAGGGAUAACAAAUCAGUGAUGAGCGAGUUUAAAGGAGGGGACCUCAAUAAAUACACAGCAAAAACAUACGCGAUUCAAAAUGGAAAUGAAGUUUUUGGAGGUGAUGGCUACAUGCUCUGCAAUCUGUUUAAAUUGAAAGAAAAGGUUCGAACAAUCACCAUUUCCGCUCGUGCCGAAUCUCCAAUCCAUUUCAUCAAAAUUCGACAAAUUCACGAACCCAGCGCGGCGGGCUCGGCUCGCCGGCCGUCAGCAUUCGUUGACCCGGAAGCGUCUGUGCAACAGAACUGGCAUACGAGCUCGAAUGUUCCUGGAGAAUUGAGCACUACUUCUCAAAGACUAUCAUUGUCUGCCGGUCCAUCAUCAGCAACACCAUCGCCGUAUUCUUCCCUGUGUCUUUCAAUAUUAGCGGCAACGCCGCCGACUAAAAUGAUCAAUGCGAGAAUUGCGAUGACAGUAGACGCACCAAGUAUACGAACGGAGAACAUUCGAUACUUUCCGAAAAAGGGCAAAGAGCCGAAAAAGCGUAAGUCGCCGUUUUCAAUAAAUAUUCAAUAA